AGCUCGCUAACCGCGCUCUCGGGUAGACGAACAAAUAUCGGACUUUUUCAACAUUUCGACAUCGUGUCUACGCAAUCAACUGCGAAACCUGGGUGUGUUUUGAAGGUCGGACAAAUUAUUGGAGCUCUAAAGGGGCGUCUUAUGGAUGACCGUCAUUUUGUAGUCGCAAUAGAAUGUGAAGACGACUGUGAAUACUUCGUAAUGUUUCUGCUUGUCAUCUCUUCGCAAAGUUCACAGUUGGAGCUCUCAGAGGAAGAACAGUUGCAAUCUGUGGGUCAUUCUGCACCACUACUGGAGAAGUUGGUAUUCACUAGCGAGGAAGUCUGCAGGCAACGGAUUCCGCUUCCUGAAGAUGUUCAUGUUGUAUCUGCAGCACCUACCGCAGGACACCUUCCCUCAUCAUCCGUAUAUCCUGCUUGCCAAGCUCCUCAUUUGGUGCUGACGAAUUGUGACGAUGACAAGGUACGUUUUUGGAGAUGUGUUGUAUCCGAGCAAGGAUCUGAACAGAAGUACGAAUGGGCGGAAUGGAAUAUGAUCAACGAUAAUCAGUCGAGUGAACUGGAAUUGGAAGGAACUAUUUUCUCCGUUUCCGCUGCUCAUGGUGGACGAAUCGCUUGCGCAUAUGAUCCUAGAGGAGAGUGUCUGGAAGCACAGAACAUUUCUGAUGUGGAAAUUGGAGUUUUCGAAUGCGAGUCUUCUGGUGGUGCUGAGUGGUUCCGUGAAGAUACCUUCGCUGUUAAGCACGUCCAGACUUCGAAUUUCUUCUCGUGUCAAGGAGUCGCAGCUGACCGUGCACCAUCUUCUUUGUCAGAACCCUCACAAAUUAAUUCAAGUUUUGAGGCGACUAUUCGAGAUGUUGUCCGACUUGAUUGGGUUUCUACUGAAGAUGGCUCUCACAUUCUCACUGCUGGAGUGGGAGCCAAAAUCUAUAUGUACACCCAGGUUUCGCUGGAUCCUGCUCAACGAAACGUGACGUUAAUGAAGGAAAGCGAAAGUACUCUCAGGCGUCCUUCUCUACAAAAGGCUUCAUCUCUUGUUGCGUACCCCCAUUCACAUAAUCGCCUUGCUCGGUGGGUGUGCGCACGAGUUCUGGAACUGCAUUCCGCCGAUGGUCUACCUCCGUUACCCACGACCCUUGGCUGGGCUCGUGACGGUCUGCUAAUUGUUGGGAUGCCAAGCGAGAUGCGCGUCUACAAUCAGUGGAAUAUGCAGCGAAGGAGCGACGACCAAAACAUGAAGCACCAGGACCGAAUUUCACAGUGUCAACUCAAUCGGCGCAUCUUCGUUUUGACCGCCCAUCGGGCAGAAGGCCUUUUUGAAACUGCUCGUCUGGCGUCGCCCAUUCUCCCGCAGUAUCACCCGAAGCAGCUCACUGUUCUACUUAACGCUGGUAGAACAAAGCGUGUCAAGGCAAUUCUUCGUCAUGUUCUCAUUGCAUUGAAGCAGCGGCAGAUGUCAACACAAAAUCCACUUUCACGUGCUGCUUCUAUGAGAAGAAUGUCGACGGUCAAUGCUAUCGAGGAAAUAUCUGAAGGGAGCGAGGAUCAGAAGCUUCCUAUCAAUUUCGAGGAGGACUGCCCGGACUAUUACGAAAUUGAUGACAUUGCACCACUUCCCUUGCAUUCACUGAUCGCUGCAGAUGUGGAAAAUCAGCUGGACUUUAAUGAAAGUGGAGGACCUCGCACGGGGUCCGACAAUCCUGCUUACGAUAAUCUUUUUUCGUCAAACAAAUUGGAGGAUAAGGAUCUCAGCAAGUUGCUUGCUGAAGAUGAGCCAUCCGCAGGCUCCCUCCAACGUUCCGUAAGCAACGAGCGCAAGCAGACUACAUCAGUUCCUACGGUUUUCUCUGCUCAACAUAACAGGAUGCUAACUGAACUGCUUACUCAUACACAUCUCCCUGGUUUAUCGAGCGUGGAUCAGAUGCAUUUGCUGGCUAUUGCUGAUACACUCAGCCACUUUUCUACUGAUGCUGUAGAAAAACUGAGCCAUGCCACU